CCGCCGGCGAGCGCGCCGCUUCCGCCCGCCGCUGUCCUCAGUCUCCUCCGCGGCGGAAGCCGGAGCCGGACGCCGGUCCGCGUCCCCUCAGUCGCGGGCCGCGCCGGGCCAGGCCGCCCCCUCCCGCGCGGGCGGGGAGCGCGCGGCCGCCUCCCCCUCCCCCUCCCCCUCUUUCUUCUCCUCCCUCGCCGCCGCCGCCGCCGCCGCCGCCGCCUCCUCAGCCUUCGCCUCCGCCGCCGCCGCCCGCUCCCGCCCGCGCGCGGCGGGAUGGACGAUCAAUCCAGGAUGCUGCAGACUCUGGCCGGGGUGAACCUGGCCGGCCACUCGGUCCAGGGGGGUAUGGCUCUGCCGCCUCCCCCUCACGGCCACGAAGGGGCGGACGGCGACGGCAGGAAGCAGGACAUCGGCGACAUCCUCCACCAGAUCAUGACCAUCACCGACCAGAGCUUGGACGAGGCGCAAGCAAAGAAACAUGCUCUGAACUGUCACAGAAUGAAACCGGCGCUCUUCAGCGUCUUGUGUGAGAUCAAAGAGAAAACAGGUCUCAGCAUCAGAGGAGCCCAGGAGGAAGACCCUCCCGACCCCCAGCUAAUGAGACUGGACAAUAUGCUUUUGGCAGAAGGGGUUUCAGGUCCUGAGAAAGGUGGGGGAUCGGCGGCAGCAGCUGCAGCCGCGGCAGCCUCUGGAGGUUCUUCAGAUAACUCUAUUGAACACUCAGAUUACAGAGCCAAAUUGACCCAGAUCAGACAAAUCUAUCACACAGAACUGGAGAAAUAUGAACAGGCAUGUAAUGAAUUCACAACACAUGUGAUGAACCUUCUCCGAGAACAGAGUAGAACGCGUCCCAUUUCCCCGAAAGAGAUCGAAAGGAUGGUGGGCAUCAUCCACCGGAAAUUUAGUUCUAUUCAGAUGCAGCUCAAGCAAAGCACGUGUGAAGCGGUGAUGAUUUUGAGAUCAAGGUUCCUUGAUGCCAGACGGAAAAGGCGUAACUUCAGUAAACAGGCUACGGAAAUCUUGAAUGAAUAUUUUUACUCACACCUCAGCAACCCCUACCCCAGUGAAGAAGCCAAAGAGGAGCUGGCCAAGAAAUGCAGCAUCACAGUAUCACAGGUAUCCAACUGGUUUGGCAACAAACGAAUCAGGUACAAGAAGAACAUCGGCAAAUUUCAAGAGGAGGCCAAUCUCUAUGCUGCAAAAACAGCCGUGACAGCCGCACAUGCAGUGGCCGCAGCCGUGCAGAACAACCAGACCAACUCACCCACCACGCCAAACUCUGGUUCUUCUGGUUCUUUUAACCUCCCAAAUUCUGGGGACAUGUUCAUGAACAUGCAGAGUCUGAAUGGGGAUUCUUACCAAGGGUCCCAAGUCGGAGCCAAUGUGCAGUCACAGGUGGAUACCCUCCGUCAUGUUAUCAAUCAGACGGGAGGCUACAGUGACGGCCUUGGAGCAAACUCACUGUACAGUCCACAUAACUUAAACGCUAAUGGAGGCUGGCAGGACGCAACAACUCCAUCUUCUGUGACUUCUCCUACGGAAGGCCCGGGCAGUGUGCACUCGGAUACCUCUAACUAAUCCCCAGCGCAUUCCCAGCUGACAUGCCUUGACAAGUGCAUUUGGAGCACUAGGAGAAGGAAAGCGUUUGUAACCCACCACCUACAGCUUUACUGUAACCCUGUCUUCUUAGAGAACUCGGGAAACCUGUUUUUUAAGGAAUCAUAAUAAUUUGUAUUUAAACUUAAGACACACGUUUAAAAAGAAAGCACUUUAUCCAAUUAGGCCAAGAUGUAACAUUGUUGACACUUCUUUAACUGUUUCAUCCUAAUUUAUUAUGGGUCUUUUACAUUAAUGGUUCCACAGUUGCCAGUUCCUUGGCCUUAAGGGUAAGAAGUACCAUCUAUGCUAGACCCCAAUUAUAGAGCAGGCAAGGUUCACCCUGCCUAAGCUGAACCCUUGCGGAUUUCCAUGCAGGCUCUCAUCGUCCUUCUCAUAUCACGGAUGGGCUUGGAGGGAAGGCGAUGUCUGCCUGUCUUCUUAAGGAAGGCAUUUCAGGACUUCCCUCGCCAUGUUUGCGUUGCCAUCUCGUAUGUUGUAAUUAGGUCAAAGACUGGUGGCCUCCUUUCUCCCUCUGAAGUACCAGAGCCCGGAGUCUCCGCUAAUGAGACCAUGGAUCCAGAUCGCCCUGAGAUGAAGAUCUUGCUGCUACAGAGGUGAAAAUAAGACCUGUCUGGGGUUUGACCGUGUGCGCUGGGUGCUGCACAGACUUGUCAAGAUGUGCUCUUCCUCUGGGCAGCCUGGAAAGGCCCUGCUCUCUGGAGUGCUGUAUAUAGUGUAGCAAAAGAGUAUUUAUACAUCCCACCAAUCAAAACACAGCUUUAUUACCUCAUGCGAACUCAUACAAACCAAUAGAAUCCCAACAUGUUCUGUAGCUUAGAGCGCUCACUUACUACCUCUGAACAAUACUCACGCUGUAGUUUGUCUCUUUCUUAUCUUUUUGCAUCUUGUAAUUAACUCUUUGUUUCCCUUCACAAAAUGUAAUGUACAUUGUAAUCUUUUAAAAGAAAACUCAGGGUUGCAUUUGCAACCCUUAAAAAGCCAAGAUUGGCAACAUUGGGUCUGACUCUUAACACAGGAUCAUCCAAGCUGUUGUAAAUACUGAGAAGCGUUUUGAAUGUUCUUCAUCUUGUUACUAAUCCAUACAGAAGAAAAAGGAAAAAAAAAAAAAGAAGAAAAAAAAAAAAGGCGGGUUCUUGUGAUGCGUUCAGAUUCAGUAUUCAGCACUGUACAUUUCACCCUGUGUGGCGGGCCCUCUCUUCCUCUUUUUGUAUUGUAUGCGAUUCUGAAACUGACUGGGUCGUGACAAUAAUUUGUGGCGGUGAUUCUGAUGUAUUAAAAGCGUUCCGUGUUCCUUUCUACUGGCUCACACCCUGGAUUGAAAAGUCUUCCUUGUGGUAGUUAUAUGUAGUUUCAAACAUGAAUAAACUUUGCUUUCCUGAUUAAACCUA